CGGAUCAAGCGUCUUUUGGGGGGCAUUUUUGCAUUUGAAUCCUUCCCACACCACUGAAAGUAUCACUCGGGACGGAGAGUUGUCGAUUUACACAGUUAAAUGUAAAAAGAAAAGCUUGGGGAGCUUUCUAAAAGCCUUUUUUUUUUCUCCUGAGGGGACUACCAGCCGCGACGGUGACCGUUGGUGGGGGUUUGCCGCCGUUUGUUUUCUUGAGCGCGUGUGGAAGAUGGAGACGCACAUCUCGUGCCUCUUCCCGGAGAUUUUAGCCAUGAUUUUCAGCUACUUGGACGUGAGGGACAAAGGCAGAGUGGCCCAAGUGUGCACGGCGUGGAGGGACGCGUCCUACCACAAGUCCGUGUGGAGAGGGGUGGAAGCCAAGCUGCAUCUGAGGCGGGCGAACCCGUCCCUGUUCCCCAGCCUCCAGGCGAGAGGCAUCAGGCGCGUACAGAUCCUCAGCCUGCGGCGCAGCCUCAGCUACGUGAUCCAGGGGAUGCCCAACAUCGAGAGCUUGAAUCUGAGCGGCUGCUAUAACUUAACGGAUAACGGCCUGGGGCACGCGUUCGUGCAGGAGAUCCCUUCCCUGAGGGUGCUCAAUCUGAGCCUUUGCAAGCAGAUCACGGAUUCCAGUUUGGGCAGAAUAGCGCAGUAUCUCAAAAACUUGGAGGUGCUGGAACUGGGCGGCUGCAGUAAUAUCACGAACACGGGCUUGUUGCUCAUCGCGUGGGGUUUGCACAGACUCAAAAGUCUUAAUCUGAGGAGCUGCCGGCAUGUGUCGGACGUGGGCAUCGGGCAUUUAGCCGGCAUGACCCGGAGCGCGGCGGAGGGCUGCCUCAGUCUGGAAUACCUGACCUUGCAGGACUGCCAGAAGUUGACGGACUUGUCCCUCAAGCACAUUUCGAAAGGCCUGACCAAGCUCAAAGUGCUCAACCUGAGUUUCUGCGGAGGCAUCUCGGACGCUGGCAUGAUCCACCUCUCUCACAUGACGAGCCUGUGGAGCCUUAAUCUGCGUUCGUGCGACAACAUCAGCGACACGGGCAUCAUGCACCUCGCCAUGGGCACGUUGAGACUCUCUGGACUCGACGUGUCGUUUUGCGACAAGAUAGGCGACCAGAGCCUGGCUUAUAUCGCGCAGGGCCUGUACCAGCUCAAGUCGCUGUCGCUGUGCUCGUGCCACAUCAGUGACGAUGGCAUCAACAGGAUGGUGCGCCAAAUGCACGAGCUGAGGACGCUGAACAUCGGCCAGUGCGUGCGGAUUACAGACAAAGGACUGGAGCUGAUCGCAGACCACUUGACGCAUCUGACCGGCAUCGAUCUGUAUGGAUGUACGAAAAUCACUAAGAGGGGACUGGAGAGGAUCACGCAGCUCCCCUGCCUUAAAGUUUUGAACCUGGGCCUUUGGCAGAUGACUGAAAGUGAGAAAGUGAGGUGAAACUUGGGGGGUUUCUGGAAGGAGGGAGGGAGGGAGAGAAGGAGGGUGGGAGGGGGAUGGGUGAAUUUCAAUAGAGCAAAGUACAUAAAAAGAGGCUCAAAAUGCUGAAUGUGAUACACGUGUCAGUUAUUGCUAUUAACACACAAAAAAAGUUUUUUUUCUUAACAAAUCGCAAUAUUAAACCUCCACGAGUCUCGCGAUAUUUUGGCUACCUCGUUAGAUGUAUUAUAUUGUUAUUCUUAAGAAGAAUGAGAAUUUGUGCCUAGAAAAACAAUCCCCUCCCCCUUUAUCUCGUCUUUGGCUUAAGGAAAGCAAAAAGACUGAAAGAAAAAAUGGAUUCAGACUAUCUUUUUUAUGUCCCUUCCUUCAGAUAGCCAACAAAAGGCGUUUCAAAACAAGUCUAUGGGUAGUUGACCUCAAAUUUCAAGCAGUUUUGCAAGUGUCCUGUGAUGUGACAGUUCACCUUAAAAUUUUUUAAUUCUUCAGUUCAUCUGUAAUUAUUAAACAAUGCCGUUUUGUGAUCUUGAAUUAAUUGAGUCUACAUGCAAUAUCUGUACUUAAAAAAAAAA